AUGCCUGACAUUACAGAUGAAGAACAAAGUUUGAAUGAUGAUGAUGAAACUAAUGACAAUGAUCAUCAAGACUAUGUUCAAGAACUUGUAAACAAAUAUGCCGGGCACGGAGCGGCCAAUCCCAGAGAGGCUCUUCAGGUUAGACGAGAACUCGCUGCCAAGAGAAAAGAAGAGAGAGAACUAGAAAAGAAGAGAAAAGAGGAGGAGAGGAUUCUUGCUAAGGCCGAGGCUCUUAGGGUGGAACAGGAAAAACGUGUCGAGGCUAGGCUCCGCGCUGAGGAGGACUUACAAAAUACUUCAUAUAGUCACAAGACUAAAAAAAGAAUUAAAACGCUGAUACCGAAAAAAAGACGGAAGAUUGUAGUUGAGGAAUCGUCAGACAAAGAAGAAGAUGAUUCUUCAGAUGAUUAUGAGGAAGUUGUCAAAGUCAUCAAAAAAAAGAGAAAUCGCCCCGUUCACCACACUCGAACAACCCGGCUUGUAACAGACGAUACUCUGCUUAUAACAGAAGACGGCUUAUCUGUUAAACCAGAGACACUCCUGCAACCUCUCUAUAGGGCUCCCGACUCACGAACAGUAAGCCUAAACAUUGAUGAUGAUGAACUAAAAGUUGAGGAUGAAAAAUUAACAGUCAUUCCUUAUAACUAUGAUUUUCCACUCUACAGGGAUGCCGAAUCACGUACGGUUGGUUUACAAGCAGAUGAUACUUUGCUUAUAACUGAAAAUGGUCUAUCGGUUAAUUUUCCUGAUCCUGAGACGCUGAAAAAGCCGUUGUAUCGUGACCAGAGCGGCCUUGGAAUCAAACUUCAUAAAAGUCUAAAGGUGAACAAUAAUGACGAAUUGGAAACUAACAUUCAGUCGGUACUAAAAGCAUUUGGCGCUCUGAAAUCGAGUUCAGGUGCGGAUACGUUGUUAGACAUCGGGUCUUCAUGGCUCAACUUUGGAUUCGAUAGUUUGACCGAAAUGACUGAUGUGUUAGGAGAAGUAGACACCACAGCCAUUCGCCUAAUGGUAGAUAGUUCCACAUUCAGUCAAGCGGGUUCGAGAUUGUCCCUGAAAUCACCCGGAUAUGAACAAAUCAUGUAUGGGAACCUUACCUAUGGCUACUUGGGAAGUUCUUCAUUCACUUAUUCGUCCACGCUUCAGGAGUUGAGAGUACCAAAUGUCAAAUUAACAGGAGUAUUUCCUGCUAUUGGAGGUGGGUCGUAUGCAGUGAGUAAAGACUAUCUUUCCCAAUUUUAUCAAGGCUCUCAAACAGGAGCAAUAGCAGUGGGACCCGAGUUUAACGGACGACGCGAGAUUGGCUGUUUGGUCGAUAAUCAGACCAUCAGAAUUGUUGGAAAUGCACUCACAGGUGGGUACAUUUUCCAGGAAUUUAACGGAGUCACCAUCCGGCCUGGGACUACCAAUGAUGUGAUGCUCUCUCUCAAAUGUGAGGCUGGCAGUUGUCUCCAAAUGGUCAAAGCAGAUACCAUUAAAGACGUACUUACUUGCAGCAAUGGUAUCGAGAGAGUACAGAAUGACCUUCAACUCGAUCUAAAAGUUGAUGCUAAUUCAGGUUUGGCUAUGGUCAACAGGGGAACCAUACGGGAUACCUUUACAGCCUCCCAAGGGGUAAGCAGGAUUGGCAAUGAGUUCAGGUUAUCUCUUACUGCACAGUCACCCGAUUUAACCCUCAAUAAUGGGGUUCUCAGUUCGAACAUCGCUGCGGGAAUUGGACUCCAGAAGAAUGGUGCUGUUUUGUCUACUAAUCUCCGAGGUAUUAAUGGAGUGCAAGUGUCCGGUGAUUUGAUUUCAUGUUCUCUUACAGGAAGCGAUACAGUUCUUCGUGUUGGGGAUGUUCUGAAGGGCAAUUAUGUCGGUUCGACCAAUUCAUACGGAAGUGUGGUCGUUGUUGGUAAUACCAUUCAGUAUAACAUGAUUCCGCCACAAUUCGUAAGUAACAGUCCAAACUUGAUUAUCACAGGAAGUUACCCUCUCUACAACUUUACACUCAUUGACCCUACGCUGUUAUUGAAACAAAGGGAUACCGAUAAUACUGAACAGACUGAUACUGCAGAAGUGUUAAAAAUGGAUGUUCCAUCAGGCAACACUGUUAUUUUGUCCGGAUCAACUCCAUUAUCAACCGUACCUUUUCCAGCGAUGGUCUCCCCGACCUUGACAGUCCCUAUGGCUGUAAACUCCAUCCUCCCAAUCGUCUCAACGUUCCCUUGGGGAAUGAUUUUCGGAGGGUCAUGCAAACGUAAGGUUCAACGAGAUGCGGAAGGCCAACCUAUACUCGAUGGCGAUGGAAACCCCGUUUAUGAACCAAUAGACCCUGUUACCUUCAUGCCACCACUUGAACCCGGGAGCAAUGUCACAAUUGCUUCUGAUCCAAUAGGAGGUUGUACUCGUCUCUUGUUUGAUAUGCCUUCAUGUUAUCGAGGCAUCAAAUACGAAUACCCUCAGCAAGCGAUCAAUCUCUCAAUGUUAAGAGAUUACGACAAUGAUGUUAUCAAACCUUGGGUCGGAAGCCAGAUAACUAAUCUAACUUCAAAUAAUGUUACAUUUGGCAGCAAUAUCUCAGGGAAAGUCAUUACAGGAAGCAGAGUUCAAACGACCGCCUCUGUAGCAGGAGGCUCGUCUGUCUUUAUUUCAAAUAGUUUUGACGGUACAAAAUCGUCUUGGCUGGGUCUGGAUGGUUCUGGUUUUUUAGGGUAUGCUAGUGAUGCUGCUACGUGGUUAGGAGCACAAGACAAGCUGAUUUACAUUUACGGACGGACAUCUAGUGCAGUAUCUCUGGGUCUAAGAGUGGACACAAAUGGUUUGUGCGUUGUAGGGGGUGACCUAACUGUCGGAGCCUCUUCUGUAAAUGGUUUACGUUCCCUUAUCGUAAGCAAUCCGAGUACAGGGACGAACGGAUGCAGCAUUCUUUAUCUAACAGCUUCAGGGGGUUCUGGAGUGAUGUUUUUGAAUGGAAACAACCGGAGUUCGGACGGUGGGAUUAACGCAAUGACGUUGAGAAACAAUAUUGGUAACCUUCGGCUUCAAGCACAGACCGCUAGAGGACUAACAAUACAGGCAAACACUGGAAUCGUUACACUGGAUGCUACAAAUGAUGCAUCCUCUACAACAACAGGUGCAUUACAAAUUCCCGGUGGAUUAGGAGUGCAAGGCACAGUGUACAUGGGAAAGUAUGCUAUUAUAUCUACUACAGCCACUGCCGCCUUUCAAAUAAACAAUGCAUCAUUCGGAUAUACAGCAACAGCAGGUCAAUGGGUAACAAAUACCGUUGCUGGAGACUACAUCAUUCGAGCCUCCGCUAGUAAUUUGCGUAUUGGUACAAAUAAUGCAACGGCUUCGAAUUUGGAUAUUCUCUCAUCUGGGAAUGUUAUUAUCAAUAUGACAACUGAUGCUACUUCCUCAACAUCCGGCUCGUUCCAGGUGAAAGGUGGAGUUGGCAUCGCUAAAUCACUGUACGUUGGAGGGGAUGUAUACACAAAUGGAGUGAAAUUGGCUACUGAAAGUUCUCUAACAACAUCCAUUGCUACGAAGCAAAAUGCCAAUCCUUUACUCGAUGCAAUCAGUGGUUUAACAACGACACCGAAUUCCUUCGUCAUGGGAACUGCUGGGGGCUUUACAGUAUCACCUGUCUCUACAAUUCUAGGGGGAUUCCAACCUCUUCUUACUACAUCGUCUGCAUUGAAUGUUAAUUCUCUAACAACGAGUGGUGGAAUAUUUGUCCAAGGCACCUCAGAUAUAGUGUUUCGAGUAGAUAAUGUAGGCAAUGGACUCUUGACAGGUGGCUUACAUGUUGAACAUGAUCUAAAUGUUGAAGGACUGAUCAUUCAAAAUGGAGUCGAAGUGGCUACGCAACAAUGGAGUGUCGCUACAAUGACCGGCAUGACAAGUCCUCUUAGUCAAUCCUUGACUUUGCUUCAAACACUUGUUCAGAAUAACAAGGCCGCCGCAGAUACAGCACUUGCUACUAAACAAAGUGCGUCUGCAUUACUCGAUUCUAUCAGCGGUUUAACGCCGGCGGCUAACACUUUCAUCAUGGGAACACCCACAGGGUUCUCAGUUGUUCCUACAUCGAAUAUACUUUCCUCAUAUCAACCUCUUAUUACCUCAUCGACUGCGCUAUCAUUUAACAGUGCCACUGUUGGCAGGGGUAUAACCAUUCAAAAUGGCGCAGCAUCUACAACAUUGUCCUUAGUAAAUACUGGGAGUAAUGUUACAUGGGGCAUGAGAGUUGCCGGAAGCACAGGAGACGGAACAUUAUCAGCAGGCGGAUUCGGUCUAAAUAGUUCUUAUAACAAUACAGGCUUCGUUCUGAGAGUUUCCAAUACAGGCGUAACGCAGAUACCAAACACAACCAAUUCAACUAGUGUGACAACAGGUGCUUUCCAGGUAUCAGGUGGAGUCGGCAUAGGAAAAACUCUAACCCUAGGAGCAGGUGGAGGAGGAUUGCAGCUGGCUGCCAUAGUCAUCAAUGCGCCUUCAAGUGCCACAGCAUCUACGGCCAUUCUGAUUAGUAACAAUGCUGCUUCGAGUAAUUCUUGGGGUACAUACCACGCUGCAACUAAUGGAACAGAUACAAGGACUAUUGGUUUACUGGCAGAUGAUAGUUUUAUCAUAAACGAAAACGGACUCUCUGUCAACUUUCCUGACCCUCCACCGCCAGAGACGCUGAAGAAACCACUAUAUCGUGACAAUGGAAUCGGUGUCAAACUUCACAAGAGUUUGAAGGUGAACAGUUCAGAUGAACUCGAAACAAAUACAAGUCAACUAUUCAAGGCUUUUGGGGCAAUAAAGACAUCGUCUGGAGCAGACAGUAUCCUUGACAUCGGAAGCAGUUGGCUUGAUUUCGGCUUCUCAUCUCUGACUGAACUCACAGACGUCUUAGGGGAGGUAGAUACGACUGCCAUUCGACUCAUGACCGACACUUCUACAUUCAGUCAAGCCGGUUCCAAGUUGUCUUUGAAGAGUCCAGGAUACGAGCAGAUACUGUAUGGUAACAUGACUUAUGGAUACAGUGGGAGUCCUUCAUUCACCUAUUCGACAACGCUACAGGAGUUACGAGUGCCUAACGUGAAAUUGAGCGGUACAUUACCAGCAAUCGGUGGAGGCUCGUAUGCUGUGUCCAAGGACUACUUGAGUCAGUAUUAUCAAGGCAGUCAAACAGGUGCAAUUGCUAUCGGCCCCGAGUUUAGUGGACGGCGCGAGAUUGGGGUUUUGGUUGAUAACCAGACCAUAUGCAUCAUUGGUAAUCAACUUGUUUCAGGACUGAUUUUUCAGGAUUUUAAUGGAGUUGCUAUUAGACCUGGUACAACUAACGAUGUGGUACUAUCGUUAAAAGCCGAGGCUGGUAGUUGUCUCCAAAUGGUCAAAGCAGAUACGAUAAAAGAUGUACUGACAUGUAGCAAUGGAAUUGAGAGAUUGCAGAACGAUAUACAAUUGAGUUUGAAAUGUGAUGCGAAUUCAGGGCUUGCAAUGUCAGGUCGUGAUACAAUCCGUGAUAUAUUCACAGCAUCCCAAGGAAUAACACGGGUUGGCAGUGAUUUCAGAUUAUCCUUAACAGCACAGUCUCCUGAUUUAACUCUCAACAAUGGAGUCUUAAGUUCCAAUAUCAGCGCUGGGAUUGGGCUUCAGAAAAAUGGUGCCGUUUUAUCUGCAAACUUACGUGGAAUAAACGGUGUCAGUGUUUCCGGAGACUUGAUUUCAUGUUCCCUUUCCGGAAGCGAUACCGUUCUUCAUGUGGGUGAUACCUUGAAGGGAAAUUACAUUGGUUCGACAAAUUCUUACGGAAGUGUCUUGAUUCUUGGGAACCAGAUUUCAUACAAUUUAAUACCACCGCAGUUUGUAUCCAAUUCACCCAACUUGAUUAUCACAGGAAGUUAUCCGCUAUAUAACUUUACCCUCAUCGACCCUACACCAUUGUCCAAACAAAGGGAUACCGAUAAUACUGAACAGACUGACACAGCUGAAGUGUUAAAAAUGGAUGUUCCUGGUGGAAAUGUGGUUAUCCUCUCUGGCACAACCCCUCUGACAACAAUACCCUUUCCAGCAAUGGUAUCGCCACCGUUAACAGUUCCCAUGGCUGUAAACUCCAUCCUCCCAAUCGUCUCAACGUUUCCUUGGGGAAUGAUUUUCGGUGGUCAGAGAGAACGAAAAGUACAAAGAGAUUCAGAAGGGCAACCUGUGCUCGAUAGUGAAGGUAACCCUGUAUACGAACCAAUCGACCCUGUUACCUUCAUGCCGCCUUUAGAGCCUGGAAGCAAUGUUGCAAUUGCUUCGGACCCGAUUGGAGGCUGCACUCGAUUACUAUUUGAUGUACCAAGUUGCUAUCGUACCAUCAAAUAUGAGCACCCCCAACAAGCGAUUAACCUCUCGAUGCUACGGGAUUAUGAUACCGAGGUUAUUAAACCAUGGGUAGGAACACAGAUUACGAAUUUGACGUCAAACAAUGUUACAUUUGGAGGCAAUAUCGGUGGUAAAGUAAUCACCGGAACCAGAUUGAGUAUUGCUCCGGCUUCGACAGGCACUUCAUCGGUCAUGACAUAUUCUACAUUCGAUGGAACUAAGAGUUCAUGGCUUGGUCUUGAUGGAACGGGAUUCUUAGGAUACAACAACGGUGCUGCAACAUGGCUCGGUGCCCAGGAUUUGCCUAUGUACAUAUAUUCUCGAACUUCGAGUGCGCCCUCAUUAGGGCUUUGA